AUGACCUCCCGCAAACCACGGCGCCAAAAUAAUAACCACAACAAUACCAGCCACCUUACCGAUUAUGAAUCUGACGCGGCCUACCUUUCCGACAUGCAACAUCAACCAGCACCACCACUCCGUUCUAACGAGGAGCUGAACCUCUCCGUUCUGCAGCGCCACAACCCCUCCAUCACCUCGAUCCUGUCCCUUGCCCAGUACUCCGUCGUCUAUAUCUUCAGCCCAACAACCCGGGGGUGGGAAAAGAAUGGAGUAGAGGGCACGCUUUUCGUGUGCCAGCUGACCCCGGGCAGCCUGGGCGAAGACCGAUACACGGCAUUCGUGUUGAACAGACGAGGCCUGCAAAACUUCGACCUACCCCUCACAGACAGCGAGAACGUCGAGUUAACAGAAGAAUACGUGAUCCUCAAAGCGGACGAAGCCACCGAUGGCGAAAAGGGUACCAACGGCAUUGCAGACCCCUUGAACCCGCAGGGCGGCCGCCAAAAUGGUAACUCCACAGACGUGCGCAUUUACGGUAUCUGGAUCUACUCCGAGCCACCGCCUAACUCAACCGCCGACAUACGCAUUGUCAACGCCCAGAUGAUUCGCGAUUGCGCCACGCAUGCCGGACAGAGCCUGAAACUGGCGCGCAAACGUCUCGAGGAGUUGCGUCAGAACGGGAUGCACGUUGCUGCGGCGGCAGCGGAAAUGCAGGCGCCGCCUCUGGAAGAGGCACAGGCUAGCGCGCCGAUGGGCCGUCAGAUGUCACUCAAGGAUAUAUUUGGUCAGCAGCGAGCCCAGGAUGACGCGUGGAGUGUUCGCGCGCACCACAUCAGUCCCGAUCAACAGCACAUGCAGAUGUACCAAAGCAUGAUGACUCCGCAGGGACAACCUCAAGAUCAACACCAACCGCCGCCCCCACCGCAAGCCCAGGUCCACCCAGAUGUCCUGGGCGAUUUGUUCCGGAGGGCGGGAUUUGCAUACCAGGGAGGUGGACAGGGCUACUGA